AUGGUGGAUUUUUCAUUAAAAAAGGCAAAAAACAAUUGGAAAAACACUCGAGGGUCUUCUCCCACCAAGGAGAAGUUGAACGAUUCACCAUCAAAGAUUAAAACGAAGAUGCCCAACAAAAAGAAUCCAUACACUAGCAUGAAAAUGUCUCCAGAGUACUCCAAGUUACCGACGAUGGACGCCAAGCAAAAGACAAAAGUAGCUAGCUCAAUGCAGCGCAGACUGUCCAUGCAAAAUCCAAACUAUGUUCCCCCAAAACUGGAUUAUUCGAUGCCCCUGCCAAUGUCUUCCAUGGAAAGUCUUAUUCAAGGCCAUAAUGCGAGUGGUGCAAAUUUGGUUCAUGGGAGUAAUCCACAGCCAAUCGUUGAUAGGGCUCACAAUGGAAAACCGUCGGCCCACCCCAAAACUUCUCAACCGAGUACAGAAAUGCCCUCGGCAAUAAUGAAGCCAGAAGCACUACGGAAAGUUCUAGGUAAUCCUAAUUUCAAUGCAAAGUCGUUUGUUCAUGAUGCACUUGGAGAUGCCACUGCUAUAGAAAUAGAUGGAUUUACCUCAAACUUAACAGACUUAGCAAGCGAAGUUCAAGAGGAAGCUAAAGAAAAUAUUAAUAGGUCGCACAGAGACAUUUUGACGGUGAAUAAUGAUCUUGGGAGUGCAGCUCAGGAAUUAAAACAAUUAAGAACAAGUAUUAAUGAGCUGAAUGAAGCAAUGCAACAAUUAUUGGUCAUGGCCCAAAAAAGGCUUCAAACAGAGGAGCAUUCAUCACAACCAUCAUCAAAGAAUAGCAAUGCGCCAUCAUCAGGGCUUCUACCACCAAUGCGGGCAGGGACCAUAUCGAAUGCAAAAAGAGAUAGAACAAGCGUAGCAAUACUAGAGAGAUUAUGGGACAAUCAAUUAACAGAGCUAUUUAAAAAUGUCGAAGGUGCCCAAAAGUAUAUUUCUUCUGCCCCUGGAAGACAUGUUUUGCUGGAAAGUGCGGACUGGCUAGAAUUGAAUGUUGCCACUUUAAAGCCGUUGCAAAAUGUUCAUAUUUUCAUUUUGAACGAUAUGGUACUUGUUGCUGGUAGACCACGAGAUAAACAAAAUGAGCUUGUAGUUAGCCAGUGCAAUCAUCUCAAAGAAGUUUCAAUAUCUCCUGAUGGUGUUUCAAGUGACAGGUUAUUAUUCUCAUUCGGGAACAAUAUCAAAUGCUUGUAUCAAUGUCGUAAACAACAAGAGGGAAUAAGACUGCUUGCUGUUGUUCGAAGAGCUAAAGACGAUUUACGAGAAAUAUCCCAAGCAGAAGAAGAGAAUACAAGAAAAAUUAAAGAGUCUUUUACCUACCUACAGUCCACACAGCAGACACCUAGUAGGGAAAGUGCCAGGAGUCCCAUCAAAGGUUCCAGACGAAGCGUUGGUAGUAUGACACCUGGGAAAACUGGAGAGGCUGUUGAUAGCUAUCUUUUGGAAACGAUCACAAUGUCGAUGCACUCCAGAACUCGCUCGAGGGACAUGAACUCUGCUGCAAAACAGUUGAAAACUUUAGGAGACCAAAGUGAAGAGAUCGAUAUCGAAUUGGGUAGAUUGAAUUUUGACAAAGCCACUACACUAUUGGUAGAUCUAGAAUCACAACUAGAUCGACUUUCUGAUCGCAUUGAUAACGAACAUUUAAUGCUGCAUGACUUGAUUAAUUUAAAAAUUGACCAAAAGCGAGACGCGAUAGCUGCAAAGUUGUCACAGUCUAUAUCGAAUUCGUUUGAAAUAUCUAAUUUGGUAUCUUGUGUUAAGAAUAUGAUAAAACUAGGGUUCUCAGAGGAAGGUCUGGAUCUUUUCCUACAAAAUCGAUCAAAUCUAAUCGAAGAUCUGGUUUUACAGAUUGGUUCAUUCGAUAACUCAACUAAUUACUUCACACAAAUAGCAGUAAUUCGAUUCCAAACCAUGAAAAAGACAGUUUUAUGUUUCCAACAGACCUUUCAAGAUUCUGCGGAUAAGUUUUCCUCAAUAUUAGUCAACUGGUGUAAGGAAGAAGUUGAUUCACAUUUUAAACUUAUUGAGAAGCAACUUCUUAACGAGGAAAUGCUUUCUGCUGCAUCAAUAAAGUCUUCAAGAAAGCAAAUAGAUGGUUUAAAGCAAGUAGGCCUCGAUUUCGUUUACAAAUUAGAUGAGUUUAUCCGGAAGAACAGCGAUAAAAUUCUCUAG